AUGGAAGGCGAGACUGUAUUUUUGCAAGCGUGUAGUACACCUUUACCAGAAGAUGAGGACGAAAUCUCGGACAGUGACGAAAACGAAGACGCAGAAUCUGAUGUAGAAGACUAUCUAGUGUACGAUGAAGUUUCACAAGUGUGUGUUAUUUGCGAUAUCGUCUUGCAAAGCCCCUCGCACGGGCCGCUGUGCAAGCGGUGUCACCAAUUUAUGUAUCCAGAAUACACGAUUUUACAAAAGGAAUUCGACGACAUCAGGGUCAAAUCUAACGACAAGGAGAAAUAUAUUCCGUAUAAUAGAGACCAAUGUCCGACGUAUCCAAAAUACAGGCCGCGGCAUCGCUGUGGUAAAGACGGGACGCUCAAAAAUGAAAUUGUCAACAAAGGCCAGACCUCGAGCGCCGAGCAAGUGAAACUACCAACAAUUUUAUGUUUCUCCGACUCCGAAUCGGAGGACGAAGAUAAUGAGCUACUAGGGCUUGCCCAGCUUGCUAUUUAUGAUAAAGACAUAAUUCAGUUUAAUGCGACGUGUUUGAAGGAUACUGAAUCGACCAUUAGAGAUGAUUUUGUGGAGAAAAUGCCUACAGAAA